GACCCUCACACCCUCCACCCUCACACCCUCACACUCAGCCCAUCCACAAUCAUGGCAGAACAACUCGUCCUCCGCGGUACCCUUGAGGGUCACUCCGGCUGGGUCACCAGCUUGGCUACCUCGCUCGAGAACCCCAACAUGCUCUUGUCCGGCUCGCGUGACAAGACCCUCAUCGUCUGGAACUUGACCCGCGACGAGACCAGCUACGGCUACCCUAAGCGAUCGCUCCACGGCCACUCGCACAUUGUGUCCGACUGUGUCAUCUCCUCCGACGGCGCCUACGCCCUCUCCUCCUCGUGGGACAAGACUCUCCGCCUGUGGGAGCUGUCCAGCGGCCAGACGACUCGCCGCUUCGUUGGACACAACAACGACGUUCUGUCCGUCUCCUUCUCUGCCGACAACCGCCAGAUCGUGUCCGGUUCGCGUGACCGCACCAUCAAGCUGUGGAACACCCUCGGUGACUGCAAGUACACCAUCACCGACAAGGGACACACUGAGUGGGUCUCGUGCGUGCGCUUCUCGCCAAACCCACAGAACCCAGUCAUCGUUUCGGCUGGUUGGGACAAGUUCGUCAAGGUCUGGGAGCUCUCCACCUGCCGCCUGCAGACUGACCACAUUGGUCACACCGGCUACAUCAACACUGUCACCAUCUCCCCCGAUGGAUCGCUCUGCGCCUCUGGCGGUAAGGACGGUACCACCAUGCUCUGGGACCUCAACGAGUCCAAGCACCUCUACUCCCUCAGUGCUGGUGAUGAGAUCCACGCCCUCGUCUUCUCGCCAAACCGCUACUGGCUCUGCGCUGCCACCGCCAAGGAGAUUGUCAUCUUCGACCUCGAGAAGAAGAGCAAGGUUGAUGAGCUCCGCCCAGACUUUGUUGAUGUCGGCGGCAAGGCGCGCGACCCAGAGUGCAUUUCGCUCGCUUGGUCUGCUGAUGGCCAGACUCUGUUCGCUGGUUACACCGACAACAAGAUCCGUGCUUGGGGCGUCAUGUCGCGCGCUUAAAUGCGUGUAGCUAGAUCUCCCAGCGCAUUGACGACAACAGGACAAGGGGAUGACGGCGGUUUGGAAACGGCAUUGAUGAGGUGCUGCGAUACGAGGCUUGCCAGAUACUGCUUCAUAGGGUGGUGGGAGGCAGUUCUGGCAAGAGUAGGACAGGUCGCAGCGGUGCACGUGCCAUCUAGAUCAGAUGAAUGAUACGACUUGACUCAGUCCAUUUUAC